AACGCCAGUGCUGAGAGGCUCGCUCGCACCCGCUCUUCAUCUCCCUUGUCCCCCAUCCCCCAUCCUCUCUCCUUCCCCUGUCUCCUUCCCCUCCUCCCCCCCCUUUCUCCCCACCACCUUUCUCCCACUUCCUAGAACGCCAUGCCGAAAAUCUUGCUCGCAAGUUUGGCUCGGACCCCCUCUGCUCUCCCUUGCCCCCCAUCCGCUCACCUUUCCCUUUCUCCUUCCCCCCCUUUCUCCCCACCACCUUUAUCCCACUUCCCAGAACGCCAGUGCUGAAAAUCUCGCUCGCAAGUUUGGCUCGGACCCUAAGACAACCUCUUUUACACUCAUCUUUGGAGUGUUGAGGGAUUUUGUCGAUCUCUUAAAGAAGAAUCUGGUUGAAUAUGAGAAGAAGAAAAAGGCAGAGGAGGAGGCGGCUAAGGAGAAGGCCCAGCCCAAGGCGAAAGCGAGUGGGAAGCACAAUCAUUCCCCUUCCCUCUUCUGCCUCCCCCACUACCCUUCGUCUCAUCUCCCGCCAGUCUUCAGUGUGUUGAGGGACUUUGUCGAUCUCUUCAAGAAGAAUCUGGUGGAGUAUGAGAAGAAGAAAAAGGCAGACGAGGAGGCAACUAAGGACUUUGCUGAUCAAUUCCCUGUUUCCAUCUCCUUUUCCUGGGCACUGGUUGAUGAGCAGGACGAGUUGGGGGGGGGGCUGCACGGGCGAUGCUGGCAGGGGCGAUCACGAGGAGGCGAGCACCGGUGGAUGAGGAUGAAGACAGUGAGGAUGAUGACUGGAGUGAUUAGAGGGGGAGGAGUGUGGGCAGCUGGGAUGACGACUGGAGUGGCUAUGGAAAUGGGAGCGGGAGGGAGUGCAGGUGCUGGCAGGGGCGAUCACGAGGAGUCGAGCUGCGGUGGAUGA